GGCCCGUAUGUGAGAAUUUCCUGUGCAGACCUUCAGUGACGCAAUGAUGAGAAAUCUACUUUUUCCACUCUUGCGGCACUCUGAGCCUUUGCAGGGCACUCUGUAAAGAUCACAGAAAUUGUUUGUUCUUGUCCAGAAUUGAUGCCUUUACAUUUCACCUUUUAUUUUUCAGCUUCCUUGAGCCUUUUUCUGAGAGCUGCCUUGACUUUGCACUGCAGGAUGCGUGACCUUAUGGACGCAGAAGUCCGUCUCUGACAUCUCACAGCUGCACAGAUGGAUAACCAAAGAGUGAUCUACUCUGACCUGAAUCUUCUCCCAAACCCAAGGAAGCAGCAAAGAAAAUCUAAGAGCACUAAAAGCUCCGUUUCAGAAUGUGAACGAGAAAUAACCUAUGCGGAAUUACGCCUUCAAAGAGAAGCUCAGGAUUUUCAAGGGGAUGGCAAAGCUUACCACUGCAAAGGUUUACCAUUCCCUCCAGAGAAGCUCAUUGCUGGGAUCCUGGGAAUCAUCUCUCUUGUCUUACUGUUCACUGUGGUAACCAGACUUGUCAUUGCCUCUACAAUAGCCCAGAGGCAGAGCAAUUCUUCGCAGACCAUAGGAAAUCAGAAAGCAUAUCACUGUGGUUGUUGUCCAGAGGAGUGGUUCACAUAUUCCAGCAAUUGUUAUUACACUAGUAAGGAAUUAAGACCUUGGAAUGAGAGUUCGAUGGCCUGUGCUUCUAAGAACUCUACUCUGCUUUAUGUAGACGAUGAAGAAGAAAUGAAAUUUCUGGACUCCUUGUCACUUUGGUCAUGGAUUGGAGUCUUUCGUCAGAGCAGUGGUCAUCCAUGGGUGUCAAGAAAUGGCUCAACUUUCAAACUUAAAAUAGUUGAAAAAAACCGUGGUAAAUGUAACUGUGUUGUACUAACCUCACUUACACUUCAAUCAGAUGAAUGUGGAUCUCCAAAGAUUUAUACCUGUAAGCACAAGCUUUAGAAGGAAAGCACCUGAGUUUGGAUUCGGCUCUGCAAUUUUAUAAUUUGUGAAAUGGAAAUAAUAUUUUUAUUGAAUAAAUCAACAUAAAUUUUUAUUUGUUUAUAAAUGAAAAGAUUGAAAAAUAUUUGCAGUAUAACACACACACCACAAAGAACAGGAUACCAUUUCUUUUGUGUCUGGCUCUUUUUUGCUGAGCAUUGCGUGUGUGGCAUGUCACCUUGUUAAAGUUGUAUGUUAUGUGCGUCUGUUUAUAUAAAAUAUCCAGAAUAGGCAAACCCAUAGAGAAAGUGGAGUAAUGGUUGCCAAAAGCUAAGGGGAUAUUGGAAUAAGUUGCGACCAUAAAUUACAUUUUUCAUUUUUGGGUGAUGAAAAUUUUGCAACCUUCAGAGGUGAUUUUAGUUGUGAAUCUGCAAAUAUACUAGAAGUUUAUGUAUUUGCAUACCUAAAGGGAUCAAAUGUAUACAAUCUACAUGACAUCUCAAUAAAAAAUAUUUGAAAAUAAAUCUCCUGGGAUUGUUUGGGGCUGUCACAUUUAAAUAUUCUGCCUCCUUUUAAAGUUGACUUUUCUGGGCAGCACCUGU